GGAGGCCGGGCCAAGGACACCUGGCCUUCCAUGCUGUGCUGUCUGCCCUUCAGGCCUCCAGCCAGGAUGUGGAGCAGGACUUCAGAAAAGCAGUUAAGGAGUGACAGCAGUCAGACCCUUUCCCCAUGUCUCAUCCACAGACUUGACCACAUCGUGAUGACAGUAAAGAGCAUUAAAGACACAACCAUGUUUUAUUCCAAGAUCCUGGGCAUGGAGGUCAUAACUUUCAAGGGAGACCGGAAAGCAUUAUGUUUUGGAGACCAGAAAUUUAACCUCCACGAGGUGGGACAGGAAUUUGAACCCAAAGCUGCUCACCCAAUUCCAGGCUCUCUGGACAUCUGUCUGAUCACAGAAGUGCCCCUGGAGGAUAUGAUCCAGCACCUCAAGGCUUGUGACAUCCCCAUUGAGGAGGGUCCAGUCCCGAGAACUGGGGCGAAAGGGCCCAUUAUGUCCAUCUAUUUCCGAGACCCCGACAGAAACCUGAUUGAGGUAUCCAAUUAUAUCUCCUCGUGAAUGGGGCUGCCCUUAUCCAUUCUGU